UAAUGGCUUAACGUACUGGGACGGAUUUCAAAGGUCGAUACUUAUAAAAGUUAUUCCUCGAGCACUUCUCAUUGCAGCCUUUUCUGCGUUAAUUGUCGGAAUUACGAAAUAUACAGAUGUCAAGCUUGGAAUUAAACAAAAUUUCAUUGCCAUCACGGCUUUUGUUGUGUCUCUUUUGCUUGCUUAUAGAACAAAUACAGCCUAUGAUAG